AUGCCACCGCGGCCCUGCAGCUCACUUGGUUUUACCAGCAGCCCCCCAGCCAGCUCAGUCGGCAUCAACCGGUCGAGACCAGGCGCGAAUGCGGCGGGCUCAGCGGGGGCGGCGUCCGCUGCCGAUCUCUACGCCGAUCUGCUUCCGUUGGACCUCCUAGACGAUGCUAACUUGUCUAUCCCCCCGCCGCCUUAUGAGCUUAUCGACCCGAUUCCGGCCGUUACGGCUCGCCUCAACAUCAACGACCAUGGUGCCGCCACCAUCCCCGACCACGGUAAUGAAGAUAGUGUAAACACCAAUAGGGCUGGUGUCUCAGCUCACUCGGCACCUGCAUCCGCCGGCAAUUCGUCAGUGAGUCGCCAGUCUGCCCCAGCGUCAACUAGUACCACCAUCGCCCCCGUGCAGACGAGAGAGCGUCCAUCAGGGAUUGCUGUCUAUCCCAAACCAGCACGCCCCCGCGGGCCUCGGCCAUUGUUGACCGGCCGAUCACACUCUGAGCUGGCCCCAAUGAGCAUGGCUGGGUGCACUGUCUUUGGGAGCCAACAUCCGCCGGACUCGGCUCGGACUCCCGUCACCUUGCCGGCGCCCUCUGGAAGCCAUCAGUCCGCCAAGGCUCCUCGGAAGCUGGCCAAGUAUCGCCCUGCCCCGUCCAACAUCGUCAAUCGGGGUCAAGUCAACCAGGUCUACCAGCCAGCUACGCUCUAUCAUCCUCUGUCGCCAUCAGAAUCCGCUGUCUCGUAUAGCCGACCUCCACUCAGUAACGCCUCAAGGGCCCAUAAGAUCCGGGCCAAGAGGAGCGGCGGCCAGCACCGAUCGAGCAACAUCGAUUCCCGCUCGACCGACGCGGCCAUCCUGAAUAACCUUGCGAAAGCCGAACAGACGAGGAACGACCAUCACCAGGCGGCUGCCUCAGACCGAUCUGCCGGCCGCGCCCAUACCAGCAUCCUUGAGCAUACUCCGGCCAACUGUCAUGCUCCCUCUCGGACUCUCGGCCAGCCAGGCCGGUUCGUCUGUCCCAAUUGUCGGGCCAGCUUCUAUAACCAUCAGCUCGUUACCUUGCAUCAUCGAUUCAUUCAUAACUCUCACAGCUCUCCGUCCAUGUAA